CCAAGGACAUCCCAAUAUGAGAGCUUCAUUUCUCUACCUGCUCUUUCUAGUACUAAUUAUUAUCGCCAGUUGCGAUAAACCACGUAAACGAAAGCGGUAUGAGCCGAAAUCUUGCCAGGACAAGGCUCCAAGAUACUGUAAGAGAGUCAAGAAAGGUGGAUGUCAAGGGCUGAUUGCAAAGGUAGCAUGUAAAAUGACAUGCGAGCGCUGCAAAGCAGCGUCUGUGGAUAACCCUAAAUCUUCAGAUAAGGAAGGGAAAGCUGCAAAUUCGUCUAUCAACAAAUGA